AUGGGGUUUGUCAAAGUCAUCAAGAACAAGGCGUACUUUAAGAGAUUCCAUGUCAAGUUAAAGAGGAGGAGAGAUGGAGUCACUGACUACUACACUAGGAGGAGACUGAUCUUCCAGAACAAGAACAACACCCCCAAGUAUGGUAUAGCUCGUAUUAAAGGUGACGUGAUUUUGUGUGCUGCGUAUUCUCAUGAGUUGCCUUGCUAUGACAUGAAGGUCGAGUUAACCAACUAUGCAGCUGCCUGGACUCUGUUAGCAAGAAGACUUUUACAGUGGAGGAUGUGGAUGGUGCUCCUGGUGCCUUCUAAGCUUACCUGGAUGUCGGUUUGGCUCACACCACAACUGCUCUUUGGAGCAUUGAAGGGAUCUGCUGAUGGUGGCAUUGACAUCUCAUACAGCACUCGUUUCCCUGGCUAUGAUGCAAAGAGCAAGAACUACAACGCUGAAGUGUACCAUGACCACAUCCUGGGCAAACACAGGCAGUUCUCCCAGUACAUCAAGGAGGGCAUCACACCAUCCAAGGUUGAGCAGCUGUACAAGAACGCCCAUGCUGCCAUCAGAGCUGACCCAGAAGCCAAGGUUGCAGCCAAGAAGGAAGUGGAAAAGAAGAAUUAUGAUAAACACAAGGUACACUUUACAAUUAAAUCAAACAUUAAACAAAAGAGACACACAUUUCUACAGAAAUUUACGCUGGCUAAAUACAUGCUCCCAAAAGCAACCCACAAAUUUGCAAAGCAUGGUGUGUAA